AUGUCUACUCCUAGACCCUGGGCUGCUCCUAAGACAAGAGAAACUAGGCUGAUGGUCAACGCCGAUCAAAGGGAAGAGGUUAGGGGUUCUGCCUUGGAAUCAGCUGCUCAUCCACUCCAAGCCCGGGAGGAAUCUCAGCGGCCCCUUCCCAAGGGUCUUCUUCCUGGGCUCACAGAGUGGGGAGGAAUGCGGGAGCAGCAAGACGCCAUGGAGAGGGGAGUCCUCCAAGGCCAGGACAAGACCAAGAUUACUUGUAAACCAGAAGAGAAGGAUUCCCCAAGUAAAGUAUACCUUCGCCGCUUGCAUCAGAUGUAUUUAUCUUCCCUUGCUAACAUGGACUUCUCCAGGAGACUGCUGGAGAGGAACGGCUGGUUUGCAGAUGUGGACCCAGAGGGCAGAGCUGGAGAUCUGCUGGAUUACAUGCUCCCACGUGGACACGGGCUGUGUGCAGUGCGGCCGGAGCCCAGGGGCAGGAGGACGGGGGACACAGGGCCACCUGGACAGCCGCCCACAGCACUGCCCCCCCUCCGCUUCCUGAAAGGCGACACCCCAGCUGGUAAAAUGGAAGAUCCCAGCCUGAAGACCAGAGGACACCCAGCUGCCCACUGUGACAUGAUUAAGCUUCCAGAACACAAGAAGGGGACACUUGCUCCUCCCAGGAUGACCCCAUUACCUCUGACUCUGGAACAAGCAAUUUGUGCAACAGCCUUCUUGGCCAUGAGCUUGAAGGCUGUCUCUGUAGAGAGUCAUUGCCCAGCAUGCCAGCACGGAGCCUUGCUGUCCAGAAGUGUCGGGCUAAGGACGGACAUGGAAGACGAGUUUAUUUUGACUGUUGUGUUGAAAACAGACUAUAGGGGCAAGAUGCUCGUGUACGGGUAA